CACCACGCAGCCACGUCACGCAAACCCCUUGCAAUCGGUCCAUGCGAGAACAAAACCUGCUUCUUCCUCUUCCCCCCAUUCCGCUCCUUCUCCACCCGAUUGUCCUUUCCGUCUCCUUCACCGUCACCGGCCGCCGCCGAGAUGUCGAGGAUGACGAGGCAACACGCCAGUCGCGGAAUUCUCCCUCCUCCACAGGAGAUCAUGCAGAAGCUAGAGAAGAGCGUGAAUGAUGGAAAUGCGUACGGGGCCUUGCAGUUGUACAAGACGUACAGCGCAAGGUAUGCAGCAGCUGAAAAAUACAAUGAUGCCUUGGAUUUACUUGAGGCUGGUGCUAUUCUCCAACUCAAUCAUUCUGAGGUUACUUCUGGAGCUGAACUAGCCACUUUGUUUGUAGAGAUUCUUGUCAAAGGAAAGUAUCCUUUUAGUGAAGAAACGCUUGAUCGUAUCAGGAAGAUCUAUCAGGCCUUCCCAAAGUUACCAAUGCCACAACACCUAAUAGAUCAUGAUGAUGAUGACAUGGAAAAACUAUCUGAAGCCUUGGUUGCAGCAAAAACUCGUGUUGAAGUUUGUUCUUCAUUCUUGAAAUCUGCAAUCAGGUGGUCAGCUGAGUACGGGGCUUCAAAAAGUGGCUGUCCUGAACUGCACUAUAUGUUGGCGGAAUACAUAUAUUCAGAAUCACCUGAGCUGGAUAUGGCUAAAGUUACAGUUCACUUUGUUCGAGGGAAUAACCCAGAGAAGUUUGCUUCCACGCUAACCAACUUUAUGGGCAAGUGCUAUCCUGGGGAAGAUGAUUUGGCAAUUGCACGUGCAGUCCUGAUGUACUUGUCACAAGGGAACCUCAGAGAUGCAAAUAAACUCAUGGGUGAGUUGAGGAAGCAGUUGAAAGCGAAGCAGCAAACCCUUCCUAAUUCAGACCUGAUCCAAUUUGUCGUAUAUCUUUUGGAAACGCUGGAAAGAGAUGCUUUGCCACUUUUCAGAAUGUUAAGGCAGAAGUACAAGUCAAGCAUAGACCGUGAACGCUUGUUUGAUGAGCUACUAGAUGAUAUUGCUGAGAAGUUUUACGGUGUACGACGACAAGCUGCUUUUCCCGGCAUGUUCGGUGAUAUAUUCAAGAUGAUGGAUAUGCAAUUGUGAGGACAGGUUGCAUGGCUUUGCAUUCGAAUAUUAUUAUCAUGACCAUUUUUACAAAGAGCGUUAUUGGGAAUUCAAAAGUGGCAUUUAUACAAACAUAAUUUCAGUUUUUUAUUAUGUUUUUUUUUUUUGGUAAUGUGCAGUACAUUCCCCUUCUUAAUAAAUGACUAACGUAAUUGUACGAUUCCUUCACAUUUUCUCUAGUUGAUGGAAGCAAAUUUUAUUUCUAUUGUGGAA